GACAUACGUUCUGAGCUUUGGAGGUGCUUUACCUCAGUCUUCUGCCACCUCUUUGUUUAACUAGCUUUGCUUCACCAUGAGAGGUGGGGCUGUGAUUGUACUGUGCCUGACCGUAACCACAGUGCUUUCCGAGGAAAUCGUCAACACCACAGCCACAGACCAGGAUGACCCGAGCACCGACUCAGACUGGGGCAUUGGAUCCAUCCGAGACAGCUUCGAAGCCAUAAACGGAUACUUUGACUCAUUCCUAGAGUUGCUCGGUGGCAGGAAUGGAGUCUGUCAGUACAAGUGCCGAUAUGGGAAGGCACCUCUUCCGAGACCCGACUAUAAAGUUCCAGAGCCCAAUGGCUGUAGCUCCUCUUUCCUUGGACUCAAGGUACCAGACACUCUCGACUUAGGGAUCCCAGCCAUGACAAAGUGUUGUAACCAGCUUGACCUUUGCUAUGACACUUGUGGAGCCAACAAGUACCGGUGUGAUGCCAAAUUCCGUUGGUGCCUCUAUGGAAUCUGCUCGGAUCUCAAGAAAAGUUUGGGCUUCGUAUCAAAGGUCGAAGCUUGUGAAUCCGUGGCAGAUACCAUGUUCAAUGCUGUCUGGACAUUGGGUUGUAAACCUUUCAUGAACAGUCAGAGAUCAGCCUGCGUGUGCAAUGAGGAGGAAAGAGACGAGCUUUGAAGAUAAAGGUCGCACAAUUUGUGUAUGUGUGUGUGUGCAUGGGUGUGUGUGUGUAUACAAUGCGACUCUCCAUAACACCAGAAGACCUCUCCUGCUCUGUGAUGACAUAUACAUAUCGCAUUCCUUUCCAUGUAUAUAUGUUGUAACUGUCUUCACUGAUACUUGUACAUACAACACUGGAGCUACCA